CCCCACUACUCAUCCAUACAUCCCCCAAUUCAUUUCUCAAAGCAGCGAGAGACGCACUUUGUUUCUAUUGUGAUCAAACCGCACGAGGAGAAGAACUACAGGAACAUAAAGCAGCCGAAACACUGGAAACUUAAAGCAAGAACAUCAUUUCUCACUGUAAGCUGUGAAGAUCUCAGAAUCCAGGAGCUCACUGACCGCAACUUGGUAUCAGACUGUUCACACUUGGGAUAUCAAAUACUUCCACUAUGGAACCUUCCAGAUCAGAAAUGAGUAUCCUGCCCAAUGGGAAAGGUCAGGAUCUGGGAGAGGAAAUGUGCGUGUCGAUGAAGACUAUGAUGGAGGAAGAACAAAAUGGUGCCCAUCACGGCAGGUUUGAUGAUCCUGACAGCACAAUUGCUGAGAACAUUGAGUUCCUGCCCAACAGUGAGGGCAAGAAGCCACGUUUCACUGAUUUUGAGGGGAAGACCUCUUUUGGCAUGUCAGUCUUCAAUUUGGGCAAUGCCAUUAUGGGCAGUGGGAUUUUGGGAUUGGCCUACGCAAUGGCCAAUACUGGCAUACUGCUUUUCCUGUUUCUCCUCACGGCUGUAGCUGGUCUCUCCUGCUAUUCUAUUCACCUCCUGCUGAAGUCCUCUGGUAUUGUGGGAAUCAGAUCUUAUGAACAGCUGGGAUUCAGAGCCUUUGGAAUCACAGGGAAGAUGGCGGCCGGAAUUGCAAUCACUCUUCAAAACAUUGGAGCCAUGUCCAGUUACUUAUACAUCGUCAAGUCAGAGUUCCCACUGGUCCUGCAGGCUUUUUUGAAAGCAGAUACCAGUUCAGGGGAAUGGUAUCUCAAUGGAAACUACUUGGUGGUGCUUGUUUCUCUCUCGGUCAUCCUGCCUUUGGCUCUAAUGAAGCAGUUGGGUUACCUUGGUUAUACCAGUGGUUUUUCACUCAGCUGCAUGGUCUUCUUCCUCAGUGCAGUCAUCUAUAAGAAGUUCCAGAUCCUGUGUCCAUUCGAGGAGUUUUCGUCCAAUAGCACGCUGGCUCAGGCUCAUGUGGCAAAUGUGACGGUGAACCACGGCUACCAUAACGGACAUGUGAUGGUGGAUGACUCCAACUGCAGCCCGCAGAUGUUCACCAUCAACACACAUACUGCAUACACCAUCCCAAUUCUGGCCUUCGCUUUCGUCUGCCACCCUGAGGUCCUGCCCAUCUACACUGAGCUGCGCAACCCAACUCAGAGGAAGAUGCAGCACAUUUCCAACAUUUCCAUUCUGAUCAUGUACACUAUGUACUUCCUUGCUGCUCUCUUUGGAUACCUAACAUUUUACACUAAUGUUGAGGCCGAGCUUCUGCACACAUACAGCAGGAUCGACCCCUACGACACUCUCAUCCUCUGCGUGCGUUUGGCUGUGCUCACCGCCGUCACGCUGACUGUGCCCAUCGUUCUGUUCCCAGUGCGAAGAGCUAUUCAAGAGAUGAUGUUCCCUAAUAAAACCUUCAACUGGAUCCGACACGUCGCCAUCGCCGUCAUUCUCCUGACCUUCAUCAACAUCCUGGUCAUCUUCGCUCCCAACAUCCUGGGCAUCUUUGGCAUCAUUGGUGCAACAUCCGCUCCCUGUCUUAUCUUCAUCUUCCCUGCUGUCUUCUACAUCCGUAUUGUUCCCAAGGAUAAAGAGCCAAUGCGCUCCACCCCCAAAAUCUUUGCUGCCUGUUUUGCUGGACUGGGCAUGUUGUUUAUGAUAAUGAGCUUGAGCUUUAUCAUCAUUGAUUGGACGACAGGCAGCAGCAGUGCUCUGGGUGGCCACUAGGAGACAAACUCUGAUGAUGAAUGUGUGUUUUUGUGUACAUGCUUUUGUAUGAGAGUGUGUGUUGUAAGUUAGGUUAGUGAUGUAACAUACUGGAAGUGAUCUGAUUGAUUUUUAUCCAUAUUUUUCUGCCUGUUAUGACACAGAGGAUGCCCUAUCCCACUGUGGCAAGGAAAAGGUGAGGGGGACCCAACGUAACAUCCCAUUUUACACAGAUAACCUGCCAUCAGAUAAUGGGGAAGAACUGCAUUAUUCUGAAAAAAAAAAACACUUCUGAUAAAUUCACACUGAUGUUUUCUAUUUUAAAACCUGUGAAAGUGCUGAUCUUGUCAAUUUGGGCAAUUUUUUUUUUUAUUUAUUGAAGGGUUAGUGCAGAGGUCUCCAAACUCGGUCCUGGAGGGCCGGAGUCCUGCAGAGUUUAGCUCCAACUUGCCUCAACACACCUGCCUGCAAGUUUCCAGCAUGCCUAGUAAGACCUAGAUUAGGUUCAGGGGUUGGAGCUAAACUCUGUAGAAAUAUGCUGUUAUGGCUCAAGUUUGCUUGUCAUCAUUUUUAUUUACUCUCACUCUGUUUUUCCAAUUCAGAGCUCUUAUACUUGACAAGACUGAAUGCAGUACUGUGGUAACACAUAAAUGCAUCCUUCUAGAUUUCUUUUAAGUGACAGCAAAUGCAUUGUACAAUAGUGACCUAUAUAUCAGAUUUUUACAUAUUUAAUUCUGUGUAUUACUUUGCUCGUAGAACGAGGAGAUUGUAGAGGUUUUGAUUCCUCUUUGGGUGUAGAAUGAAGCGGGCUAGUUUAGUAAAGAUGGAUUGAUUGUUGGUUUACUCUCCAGUGGGCUUUGGACAAUCAGUGAGUCACAUUACUACCUAUUUCAGGUAACUUUCAGUGUUUUUGAGUCAAGUGAGAGUGCAAUUUAUCAUAUCGCACAAUUUCAGGGUGCCAAAGCGAAGGAUUUCUAUAGUCCUUCUAACUGUCAUGAAGUAUAUUUUCAGUUUUCCUAAAGUAUGCACAAUACACAGAAUGCAAGGCAUGCCUUGAUCACAUUGAGAUUUAAACAGUGAAAAACAUAUUUAUUUAAUUGUAUUGAAUAUAUUUUGCAGUUCACUGGAUGAGUAUUAGUGUGUGUUAUAGUAUUAACAUGUACAAUGCCGGUGUCCUUUAUCGGUUUUGUUUGUCAUGAUACUCAAGGUCAUUUAUACAAACACUAGACAAGGACCUCAUAUACAAAUACAAAACUAUAUUUUACUUGAAAUGGACACAAUCUCGCUUGUAUUAGAAUUCCAACAGUUAUAUUAAAGGAAUAGUUCACGCAAAAAUGAAAAUUAACUGAUGAAAAUUAAUAUCCAAGAUGUAAAUGAGUUUGUUUCUCCAUCAGAACAGAUUUGGAGAAAUGUAGCAUUACAUCACUUGAUCACCAGUGGAUCAUCUGCAGUGAAUGGGUGCCGUCAGAAUGAGAGUCCAAACAGCUGAUAAAAACAUCACAAUAAUCUACAAGUCAUCCACACCACCAUGGAUUGAAACAAAUCCAUUAUUACUUUUUUCCUCCAAAUCAUUGCUUCUGGACAAAAUAAACAUGCUGUCCAUAAUACAUAAUCCACAAUAACACUUCCUCAAGUAAAAAAGACAUUAAUUAAUUGACUGGAGUCAUGUUGAUUACUUAUGUUUUUGAGAAUUCUCAUUCUGACGGCACCCGUUCACUGCAGAGAAUCCAUUGGUGAGCAAGGGGUGUAAUGCUACAUUUCAGUACAUUUUCAUCAAAUUUUCAUUUUUGGGUGAAUGAAGUUUAAGUAAUCUAGUUUGGAAGCUGCUCUCAAUAUCUCACAUGAAAACAGUUGUACAUUUUUUUUUUUUUUUUUUUAAAUCUGUGUAGUUCCUUUUCCUGUAAUCUGAGUAUUUGUGGACCCUGUUUUGGUGUUAGCAGUAGUUAAUGAACCAGCUGAUAUGUAGAAGCAUGAAAAACACCAGUUUUUUUUAGUUAGAAGGAAACAUGUUGCUUAUUUGAAGUUUGAAAUAACUUGCUCUUACUCAGUGGUUCCUGCGAUAUUUUCAAAACUGUAAUGUGUUCAGAUUCUGCCAAAAUAUUAUGCUGUGCAAUCAUGUUGUACAAUAAUUGGGCUAAUAUUAUGUGUUAACUGAUGCAACGGAAAUGAGCAUGCAGUUAAUAUCACCACAUUAAUGACAGAAAACUGAUAAGGAAUGGACUUUUAUUUGUGACAUGUAAAAUGUAGCUAGCAUCAUAGUUCUGUUUGCAUUGUCAACCAAAAAACAAACUGAACUUUAUGCUGGAGAUUGAAGUGCAGUGCCAGUGGUCCCCAGGAGUCACUGUUAAACAUGGCAAUGUUUUUGCUUGCAUUAUUUUCCUGAAACUGAUCAUUUAAUUCUAAAUUGUGCUUUUUUAAGUAUUAUAAAUCUAAAUAUACUCAAGAAAAGUGCCUCACUUUACAACUAGCUACCUUAUAAACUCUUUAGAUACUACCUUUUUUUUUCCCAAUGAGCCCUAUAAGUGCUUGUUAAAUAGCCCUCAAACUUAAAAAAAAAAAAGUUUCCUGAAUGCUAGUUUGUAUUUUUUUAAUAUUAUAAUAAUAAUCUUCUUCUUAAAAAUAUUCUUUCAGUCAAGUUAUAGCCUUGCUGGGUAUAUUUCACUUCAACCACAGUAGCAUUGGAUUGAAGAUAAAAUCAAGGGUACUGAAUAGUGAUAAUUUUCUUACGUGAUUCAUAUGGUACAAAAUGCAAGAAUGAUUAUGACUGAAAUUCUGUAACAGUUAUUUGUCUUAUUGCUGCCCAGCUUAUAUAUCUUUUCUUCAAACAAGAUUUACUAACAUUUGCUAUAUUUUUAUCUGGUACAGAUCAUCUAGAUUUUUUCCUUUCAGUAAGGAAAAUGCAAACCAGUUUGUUUUUCAAAGCAUUAUUUACACACUAUUUAAUCAAUACAGUUGGGUUCAUAUGAUAGAUUGUUUAGUGCAUUCGUAUAUAUUGUAUAUAAAUGUGAACCACUUUUAUUUGUAAUGCAUAUUUAGCUUGUAUAGUGUAAAUAGCAGAACCACUUUGACAAUAAAAAAGCUGUUUUUAAACCUG